UGGAGCAACAUGUUGUUUAUCUUUGUCUCUAUAAAUGCUUGCACAAAACUGCGUUCAAUAUCAUUCUACUGCAAAGCAGCACAAAAGCAUUACAUCACUUCUCAGCAAUUUACUGGCUAUGGCUCUAAACAGACUUCUGACUUUAGGGCUAUGUGCCUUUUCCCUGCUGGUUCUGCCAGGCCAGACCCAGGAUUGUGAAUGCCAAGGUCCUAGAGGUCUACCGGGGCCUCACGGGGUCCCUGGGCCUCCCGGACCUCCCGGACCUGUUGGUCCUUCUGGAGGCAUGCCUGGUCUACCUGGACCGCGUGGGGCGGCUGGAGCGAGGGGUGAAAGAGGAUUGCCGGGGAUUCCAGGAAAAUGUGAAGUCGGAGGAAUUGACUUGCAUAACAGCAUCAGAAAACUGGAGCUGGCCAUAAAUUAUGACUUCACCAGAAGAGUUAACAACAGAUACUUUGUGUCAGACAAGACGCAGGGUUCUUUCGACGAAGCUGUUCAGUUCUGUUCCAAGAUGGGGUUUGUGCUGGCUUUGCCGAAAAAUGAAGAAGAGAAUGUUGCUCUCACUCAAGUCUUUGAAGGGGGUUUUGAACAGGCAUGGGUCAAUGUUGACAACAGCAAACAAGCCAACUUUAAGGUGGAUUUGAAUGGCCAACCCCUAACCUUUUCCAAAUGGGGAGAUGGGGAACCUAAAGAACCCAGUGGUGAUAAGGGCUGCACAAUGGUGACCAAGUCAGGGGUAUGGAAAAUUACAUCUGAGUGCUCUGCCAAUUCCUAUAUUGUUUGUGAAAUAUAAGGGCACCUUUAUGAAAUAUUGUUUCUGAGUCUCUGAAUAUAUCUUUGCUCAAUUGGGACUCUUAAAAUGUUAUCCGGAAUGUAUUCCAGUUUUUCUGCUACCGUCAUUCUUUGUUUAUUAAAAUGUAAGAGAGAACGGUGGUUGCCAACAUGAAGUACUUACUAUAAUCAGUAUGUGAUACAGUAACUAAAAACAGUUGUGAACCACUGGAGUAGAAAAGGCAGAAGGAAAUAAAGCAGUCAAAUGUUUAAA